AAAUAAUUCUUCCUCACACUUACUAGUAUAUUAUCCAACAAUGAAGAAAUUAAUUUCAACAAUAAUAUUGUUUUGUGCAUUUAAAUUUGUGAUGCUGGAAGAAAUUCCAGAUUUAUUGAGAGUACGAAAAGCAGAAGAUGCUGAAGGAGUUGAAUUUUUUGCUCUCGACACGAUUGGAUUAAUUGAAAAAUGGGGCUACCCAGCAGAACAACACAAUGUAACAACAAAAGAUGGUUAUAAUUUAAAUAUGUUUCGUAUACCAUCAAGUCCAAAUGCAACAAAAAAAAAUAAUAAAGUUGUAUUUAUUCAAAUUGGAAUGCUUGGUACAUCUGAUGUUUGUGUAUAUUUUGGUCCAAAUAGAAGUCUUGCUUUACAGCUAGCUGAUGAAGGCUACGAUGUUUGGCUUGGUAAUUAUCGUGGUAGCACUUAUGGAAGAAGCCAUGUAAAACUAUCACCAGAUGAUGGUGAAUUUUGGAACUUUAGCUUUCAUGAAAUUGGAAUGGAAGAUUUACCAUGUAUGAUUGAUUAUGUAUUAAAUGUAACAAAUAAAAAAUCAUUAAUUCUUGUAUGCCAAUCAAUGGCAACAUCAGCAACGCUGGUACUGUUAUCUGAACAACCUGAAUAUAAUAAAAAAAUUGAUUUAGUUGUUAUGCUAAGUCCUGUAUCAGCCAUGUAUUAUAAACUUCCAAUUAGAAAUUUUUUUAUGAUACUUGUUAAAAUUUGGCAGCAGCUUCUGGAACCAUAUGAUACACUUUUUGAAUUAUUUCGACAAAGUUCAGUUGUGCCUGCUUUUUUUAAACGAGUUUGUAUACCAAAUGACAUUAUUGAUCUUUGUUUUCUUUUACCUGAUAUUGUUGUUGGCAAAGAUCGUGAACAACUUGAAAUGGAACAUCUUGUUGAUUUUAUGUGCUACUCUCCAUCAGGUGCAUCAUCAAAAUUAUUUUGGCAUUAUCGUCAGCUAGAAGAAUACAGUAAAUUUAGUCCUUAUGAUUAUGAAGAUGUUGAUAAAAAUAUAAAACAUUAUGGACAAUCAGUACCACCAGAGUAUAAUUUAAAAAAUGUCAAAGUACCAAUGUUAUUUUAUUAUGCACCACGUGUUGAUCUUCUUUCAAUGGAAAAAGAUGUACUUGAAUUAGCAAAAAGAGUUACAAGUGAUGUUAUAUCAGAACCAAUUAAAUGGGAUAAUUUUAAUCAUCUUGAUUUUGCAACAGCUAAAGAUGUCAAGACACUUGUUAAUGAUCUUGUCAUUGAACAAUUUAUUAUGUAUAUUAAUCACCAGUAA